GUGUGGCAGGGGCGGUUGCUGAGAAUGGAGGAAGGCGUGUUUCUCCAUCUUCUUUCCAUUGCCCGAGAGCUGAAGGGUGGGACAGCGCUGAGCCGUGGGGAGCCCCGGGGACCAGUCAGCCCGGAGCUCCGCUGGGCCUACCUUCCCUGCUGCGCUCCCGCCAGCCAGCUCUGGUUGCCAUGGAGCCGGGAGGCGGUUGCCACGGAGACCGACGUGCGAGGACCAGCCAAUCAGUGAGGAGCUGCGGCGCCAGCUCUCCUCUUGGAUGGAGGCGUUGGGUUAGGCUGGGGAGCCCUGCCUGGGUAGCUGGGGGCCGGGAGUUCGAGCAAGGGUACUACGCCGCCGCCUCCCCCAAAGCGCUCGGCCCCCCAGAACCUCCAACACCCCCCCGGCCCCGCACCCCGAAUUCUGGAGACCCUGUGACUCUUCCCGACCCGGCCAGUGGCCUCCGACUGGCCCUGAACCCCGCUCCCGUUAGUGGGGGCGGAGGGGUGAUGCUGCGGGAAAGGCGGGGCCGCGGACCGCGGGUGGAGAGUGCAGCCGGGGUGGGGUAUGGGGAGGGAAGGAGGCUGUCCCACCCCCUCCGCUCCCGGCGCACCGCAGUGCCUGGCGCGCCCGCGCACGCUCACUCAGAGCGCUGGGCGGGCGGGGCGGCGCUGACGUCAUCCACUGACCCCCUUCACCCCCCGGCCGAGGGGCGGUGGCCGCGCAGGCUCCGCGGGACGGACUCACGGACAGACAGGGGACGGAGGGACGGGCGUACGGCCAGGCCAUGCCGGGGGAAGCUGCCCGCGCCGAGCUGCUGCUGCCGGAGGCGGGCGGAACAGGGCCCCGCACAGAUCUGUCCUGCGAUGCGGCUGCGGCUACCACCCCGAGGGGGGACCAGCUGGAGCACUGUGUCCUGACCCCUAAGCCCAGUGCCCUAGCUCUCACGUUCCUGCCCAGCAAGCCGGGUGCCCGGCCCCCGCCUGACGGAGCCAGCUGGGAUGCAGGGCCGGGACGCGCCCCCUCGGCCUGGGCAGUCCAGGCAGAGGGCGACCCCAGCCCAGGGCCCCCCGAGGUUCGGCCUGCUGAAAGUCCUCUCCCAGCCUCCCUGGAGCCCCGGAUUGUGAUGGGCGAGGAGACGUGCCGGGCAUCCCCUCUGCCCAGGGCAACCCUGCCAGAGCUCAGGGACUGGGAGGGUGGGCACGCCAGUCUGAACCCACCCCCCGAGUUGUGUUCUCAGGGUGACCCUCCUGUGCCUUUCCCUGCCCCCGACUCCGAUUCCUACUUCACCCCUCCCUCCACCCCGACCGAGACAGCCUCCACCCUGCUCCCUGGCCCCGGGCCCCACAAGGAGGCCCAGGAUGCCCAGGCUGAGCUGGGGAACUCGCCGCCAGCCUCGCCCUCGGGCUCCUACAUCACGGCGGACGGGGACAGCUGGGCCUCGUCUCCAUCCUGCUCCGUGAGCCUGCAGGCCCCGGCUGAAGGGCUGGAUGUGCCCUCAGGCUGGGGCUUCUCCCCACCUGGGUCUGUGGCCGAUGAGAGGGAGCUGCCCCCUGCCGGGACCCCGGACACCUCGUCCCCAGAGUCCAGCCUCUCGGCAGACAGCAGCUCUUCCUGGGGCCAGGAGGGCCACUUCUUCGAGCUGGACUUCCUGGCCAACGACCCGAUGAUCCCUGCUUCCCUCCUGCCCUUCCAGGGCAGCCUAAUCUUCCAGGUGGAGGCUGUCGAGGUGACCCCGCUGCCCGCCGAGGAAGAACAGGAGGAGCAGGCGGAGGAGGGCGAGGAGGAGGCUCCCAGCCCCAGCAGGGACCUGGCCGGGCAGGGCGAGGACGACAGCACGUUUGCGUCCUCGCUGCAGUCGCUGUCCGACCUGUCCAUCACUGAGGGCAUGGACGAGGCCUUCGCCUUCCGAGAUGACACCUCGGCCGCCUCCUCUGACCCUGACUCGGCCUCCUACGCGGGGGGUGACGAUGAGAGACUGUACAGCGGGGAGCCCCACGCACAGCCCACCACCCUGCUCCAGGACAGCCCUGGUGAGGCCGCCUCCUGGGGCCCCGAGCCCACUCUUGGGGUGUCCGAGGGAGACGUUGGCCGGGCUGCCAAGAGCCAGGAACCCAUCUCUGAUAUAACGGGGGUGGGCCCCGCUCCAGGCCAGGUGUCCGCUGCUGCUAUGGCCCCUCACGUCCCACAGAAAGCCCCAGGCCUCACUGCGGUGACCCCGCGGGCCUGGGCAGCAGAGGCAGGCUCCACCAUGGGACCAGCACCUGUUGCCACAAUCACACCUCAGUCCCUGGAGGAGGGAGACGGCGCUGCCUUAGGCUUAGAGCCCCCCACUUCGAAGGGAGAGGCGGGCCUCGACUCUCUGCAGAACCUGAAGGAAGAAACAGGCCAGGGGUUUGCCGCUGCAGGCAGCCCUGAGCCCCAGCCAGGAGAAGUGGGACCGACAGUAUUCCUGCCCCUGCAGGAUGCAGGCCUCCCCACUGGCCAGGGAUCUGAGCCCCAGGCCAGCCCUGAGCCCCAGCCAGAAGAAGUGAACCUAACGGCAUCCUUGCCCCUGCAGGAUGCAGGCCUCCCCUAUGGCCAGGGAUCUGAGCCCCAGGCCAGCCCUGAGCCCCAGCCAGAAGUGGACCUGACAGCAUCUUUGCCACUGCAGGAUGCAGGCCUCCCCUAUGGCCAGGGAUCUGAGCCCCAGGCCAGCCCUGAGCCCCAGCCAGAAGUGGACCUGACAGCAUCCUUGCCCCUGCAGGAUGCAGGCCUUCCCUCUGGCCAAGGAUCUGCCCCCGAGGCCAGCCCUGAGCCCCAGCCGGAAGAACUGGACCUGACGGCAUCCUUGCCACUGCAGGAUGCAGGCCUCCCCUCUGGCCAGGGAUCUGCCCCCGAGACCAGCCCUGAGCCCCAGCCGGAAGAACUGGACCUGACGGCAUCCUUGCCACUGCAGGAUGCAGGCCUCCCCUCUGGCCAGGGAUCUGCCCCCGAGGCCGGCCCUGAGACCCAGCCGGAAGAAGUGGACCUGAUGGCAUCCUUGCCCCUGCAGGAUGCAGGCCUUCCCUCUGGCCAGGGAUCUGCCCCCGAGACCGGCCCUGAGCACCAGCCGGAAGAAGUGGACCUGACGGCAUCCUUGCCCCUGCAGGAUGCAGGCCUCCCCUCAGUCCAGGGAUCUGCCCCCGAGGCUGGCCCUGAGCCCCAGCCGGAAGAAGUAGACCUGACGGCAUCCUUGCCCCUGCAGGAUGCAGGCCUUCUCUCAGUCCAGGGAUCUGCCCCCCAGGACAGCCCUGAGACCCAAAUGGAAGAAGUGGACCUGAUGGCAUCCCUGCCCCUGCAGGAUGCAGGCCUCCCUUCUGGCCAGGGAUCUUCCCCCCAGGACAGCCCUGAGACCCAACCAGAAGAAGUGGACCUGAUGGCAUCCUUGUCCCUGCAGGAUGCAGGCGUCUCUUUGGUCCAGGGAUCUGCCUCUGAGGCCAGCCCUGAGCCCCAGCCGGAAGAAGUGGACCUGACGGCAUCCUUGCCCCUGCAGGAUGCAGGCCUUCCCUCAGUCCAGGGAUCUGCCUCUGAGGCCGGCCCUGAGCCCCAGCCGGAAGAAGUGGACCUGAUGGCAUCCCUCCCCCUGCAGGAUGCAGGCCUCUCUUUGGUCCAGGGAUCUGCCUCUGAGGCCAGCCCUGAGCCCCAGCCAGGAGAAGUGGACCUGACGGCAUCCUUGCCCCUGCAGGACGCAGGCCUUCCCUCUGGCCAGGGAUCUGCCUCUGAGGCCGGCCCUGAGCCCCAGCCGGAAGAACUGGACCUGACGGCAUCCUUGCCCCUGCAGGACGCAGGCCUUCCCUCUGGCCAGGGAUCUGCCUCUGAGGCCGGCCCUGAGCCCCAGCCGGAAGAACUGGACCUGACGGCAUCCUUGCCCCUGCAGGAUGCAGGCCUUCCCUCUGGCCAGGGAUCUGCCUCUGAGGCCGGCCCUGAGCCCCAGCCGGAAGAAGUGGACCUGACGGCAUCCUUGCCCCUGCAGGAUGCAGGCCUUCCCUCUGGCCAGGGAUCUGCCUCUGAGGCCGGCCCUGAGCCCCAGCCGGAAGAAGUGGACCUGACGGCAUCCUUGCCCCUGCAGGAUGCAGGCCUUCCCUCUGGCCAGGGAUCUGCCUCUGAGGCCGGCCCUGAGCCCCAGCCGGAAGAAGUGGACCUGAUGGCAUCCCUCCCCCUGCAGGAUGCAGGCCUCUCUUUGGUCCAGGGAUCUGCCUCUGAGGCCAGCCCUGAGCCCCAGCCAGGAGAAGUGGUCCUGACGGCAUCCUUGCCCCUGCAGGACGCAGGCCUUCCCUCAGUCCAGGGAUCUGCCUCUGAGGCCGGCCCUGAGCCCCAGCCGGAAGAAGUGGACCUGAUGGCAUCCCUCCCCCUGCAGGAUGCAGGCCUCUCUUUGGUCCAGGGAUCUGCCUCCGAGGCCAGCCCUGAGCCCCAGUUGGAAGAAGUGGACCUGAUGGCAUCCCUCCCCCUGCAGGAUGCAGGCCUCCCCUCUGGCCAGGGAUCUGCCUCCAAGACCAGCCCUGAGCCCCAGCCGGAGGAAGUGGACCUGAUGGCAUCCUUGUCCCUGCAGGAUGCAGGCCUCCCCUCUGACCAGGGAUCUGCCUCUGAGGCCGGCCCUGAGCCCCAGCUGGAAGAAGUGGACCUGACGGCAUCCUUGUGUCUGCAGGAUGCAGGCCUCUCUUUGGUCCAGGGAUCUGCCUCCGAGGCCAGCCCUGAGCCCCAGUCGGAAGAAGUGGGCCUGACUGCAUCCCCGCCCCUGCAAGAUGCAGGCCUUCCUUCGGGCCAGGAAUUGGCCUCUGAGACCAGCCCUGAACCCCAGUUGGAAGAAGUGGACCUGACAGCAUCCUUGCCCCUGCAGGAUGCAGGCCUCCCCUCAGUCCAGGGAUCUGCCUCCGAACCCAGCCCUGAGCCCCAGCCAGAAGAAGUGGACCUGACAGCAUUCCAGCCCCUGCAGGAUGCAGACCUCCCUUUGGUCCAGAGAUCUUCCUCCAAGGCCAGCCCUGAGCCCCAGCCGGAAGAAGUGGACCUGACAGCAUUCCCGUCCCUGCAGGAUGCAGGCCUCCCCUCGGUCCAGGGAUCUGCCUCCGAACCCAGCCCUGAGCCCCAGUCGGAAGAAGUGGACUUGACUGCAUCCCCACCCCUGCAGGAUGCAGGCCUUCAUUCGGGCCAGGAAUUGGCCUCUGAGGCCAGCCCUGAACCCCAGUCGGAAGAAGUGGACCUGACGGCAUCCUUGUCCCUGCAGGAUGCAGGCCUCCCCUCUGACCAGAGAUCUGCCUCUGAGGCCAGCCCUGAGCCUCAGCCAGAAGAAGUGGACCUGACAGCAUCCCCACCCCUGCAGGAUGCAGGCCUUCCUUCGGGCCAGGAAUUGGCCUCCGAGGCCAGCCCUGAACCCCAGUCGGAAGAAGUGGACCUGACGGCAUCCUUGCCCCUGCAGGAUGCAGGCCUCCCCUCUGGCCAGGGAUCUGCCUCCAAGGCCAGCCCUCAGGCCUUGCAGGUUGACACAGGCUACACCCUAGGGACAGAGCCCAUGGCCACCACAGCCCAACAGAAAGGAGGCAAGACUUUGGAACUGAGGCCAGCGCCUGAGAAAAGGGACCCAGACCACACUGGAGGAUCAGACUCUCUGGCCUUGGAUCAGAUCCAUCUGGGUGGUCUGGAGCCAGCUGCAGAUGCUCGGAUACCCUUGGACGGAGAUGCAUGCCCUUCCAAGCCUGCCACGGAGGCCCCAGGCACACCUGAGCCUGCCACGGAGGCCCCAGACACACCUGAGCCUGCCACGGAGGCCCCAGGCACACCUGAGCCUGCCACGGAGGCCCCAGGCACACCUGAGCCUGCCACGGAGGCCCCAGACACACCUGAGCCUGCCACGGAGGCCCCAGAAACACCUGAGCCUGCCACGGAGGCCCCAGACACACCUGAGCCUGCCACGGAGGCCCCAGACACACCUGAGCCUGCCACGGAGGCCCCAGACAUACCUGAGCCUGCCACGGAGGCCCCAGACACACCUGAGCCUGCCACAGAGGCCCCAGGUCCCCCAGAGCCUGACUCCAGUAGGGAGGAAGUAGCCAAGGGCCUUUUGGCACCUGAGCAGGGAGCCUGUCCUGAUGCCCGUGGGCAUGGGGGUGAUGGAGCUGAGCCCAGCUCGCCCCUAAAGGAGGCCCCGGGGGCUGAGAACCAGGAGCGUGGAGUUCUAAAGGCAGUCGUCUGCAGCCCAGAGCCAUGUCCUGCUGCCAGCCUGGAGGUUGGCCAGGUGGGGCCCCCAAGCCCAGUGGAGGAGGGAAGGGCCGCCCUGGGGCCCAGGCUUCCCGUGGCUGUGGCCGCAGAGGCCGGGCUGGGCUCCUGCCCAGGGUCUCCAUCAGGGGCUGUACCCAGGCUGGGAGGGAGCUGUCCCAAAGAUCCUGCCCUGGCACUUCCACUGCCCUCAAGGCAGCCAGAGCCCGUGAGGGGCCUGCACAGCGGACAGCAGGCCCGGGCAGCCCUGGGAGUCCUCAGCUCCUCCCCGCCGCAGCCUCCACAAAGCGCCCUAGGGGGCCUGCCCGGUGCACCCCAAGCCAGCAUCCAGGGCGCUGAGUCCUCCGCUCCUGGUGUCCUCAUGCAGACAGUUCCACCCCCCGCGGCACCCCCUGCCCCCUGCCCUUGCCAGGUCCCCGGGGAAGACCUGGGGGAGGGCGCGGAGCCCCUGGGCUCUCUGGGACUCCCACCACCACGGGCAAGAGCCCAGCGGGCGGUGGCUGCCCUCUCAGGGACCAAGAAUCCCCCCGGGGCCGGGCAGGCCAGCCUCCCGCCCCACUCCCCACUCCUCAGCCCCAAGGCGGCCCCCAAGGGGGCUACCCAUGCCAAAGACCUGGCCUCGAGGAUCUCGCCCCCCUGCCAAGUGCCUCCUGGCUCUGGGCUCCGGAGCCCAGCCGGACCUCGAGGGCUCCCAGCCGCCAAGCAGCAGGAUGACCAGGACAGUUUGGAAGAAGACUCGCCGCAGGCUCCGGGCUCCGGCCAGCACUCGGACAGCCACGGGGAGUCGUCAGCCGAGCUGGAGGAACAGGACCUCUCGGGACCACGGACCGCGCAGUGCCCAGCCCAGGCCCCGGCAGGCGGCGGGAGCGAGGAGACCGUCACCAAAGUCAAGCAGAGCCGCAGUGAGAAGAAGGCCCGAAAGGCGAUGUCCAAGCUGGGCUUACGACAGAUCCAGGGGGUCACCAGGAUCACCAUCCAGAAGUCCAAGAACAUCCUCUUUGUCAUCGCCAAACCUGACGUCUUCAAGAGCCCGGCCUCGGACACCUACGUGGUCUUCGGCGAGGCCAAGAUCGAGGACCUAUCCCAGCAGGUGCACAGAGCUGCGGCUGAGAAGUUCAAGGUACCCUCGGAGCCCUCCGCCCUGGUCCCCGAGUCAGCGCCGGGGCCGAGGGUGAGACCAGAGUGCAAGGAGGAGGAAGAGGACGACGACGAGGAGGUGGACGAGACGGGGCUGGAGCUUCGGGACAUAGAGCUAGUGAUGGCGCAGGCCAACGUGUCAAGGGCCAAGGCCGUGCGGGCCCUGAGGGACAACCAGAGCGAUAUCGUCAACGCCAUCAUGGAGCUGACAAUGUAGCUGCUGACCAGAGACCUGGCUCCACCCCUGCCCCCAAGCUCUGCUGCUCAAUAAACCGGUGUCCCCUCACCGCCUCUGCUCCUCCAAAGGCUCCCCCAGCGCAGGCUCUGGCUCAACGGGUUGGAGGAAGCGUGAAGAUGCUUCCUGAAGCCACGCAGGCCCCAAGGAGGGUGGCGGUCCUUCCCCCAAGUCCCAGAGGGUGGUGGUCCCUCCCCCACGUCCCAGGGCGCCCAACUUGCCCAGAGAUUGCGGGCAGUCCGGUCACCUGGCUGCGGCCCCAGGUGUGGGCCUGGGGACUGCAGUUUCCAGAAGGAACUCCCCAGACGCAGGGGCUCAGAGUUUUCUGCAGGGGCCCUGAGCCGCAGCAGCUGCAGGAAGGCAGCGUUUGCUCAGGGACUCAGCAGUUCAUGCCCCAGAGUUCCUGGCCCCUCACCACGGCCCAGCUCUAGGAGUCACCGUCCUCCCCGUGUCCUCUCCUCUCUCCUACAAAGGCCAGGGAUCUGCAGGGUGGGAGCCACACUCCAGGACAGAAGAGGGAGACCACCAAGUGGGAGGCCAUGUGUGGGUGGAGCCCCCAGAGAGGAAGAGCAGUUCCUGGCUGGCCACAGGACACUCCUGGGACACCAGGUCCCCUCCGCGCGCAAGCCCAGCGGGGGCUGUGGAGGUGCCGGCCCCUGACUAGGUGGCUAUCUUUAACUGUUCCAGAUGCUUCCAGGGCAGGUCGAUUUGCACACAUGCCUAGAGACAACACCUACCAACGGUCUCCCUUAGCUUUGCCCAACCCAGGCCCACAACCAGCUCCAGGAGAGCCAGGGCCAGAGCCAAGUGUGAGACCCCUCCUCCCAUGCUGCCCCGCCCCUCAGAAGAGGGGGAGCCUAGCGGGCUGCAGACCCCUGCCUGGUCCCCUCACGACCUCACCGCGAGCCCACGGCCCUGCCCUCCCUCCUGCGGGUUUAAGUACCCACCCUGCUGAGCCUGGUGCUUCCCGCACACGCGGUCAGGGGCCUCGCAGCAACGCGCAGGCGUCUUGCGGGCGAGGAAGCAGUCCUGGAGCUGGGCCCUCCCGCGCCCACACAGCAGUGCCCAGGCCCCAGCCUGCAACCCGACGGCCCUGCCCUGGGGUCACCACCACUGCCUCCCCAUGUCCUAAGGGCACAGGAGGGGCUGGGCCCAGGGGGCAACGAGGCAAAGGGACUUGAAGGGGCAGGCACAGUGCCCCCACUGGCCUUCCUGACGACCGGUGACUCUGGGCUCCAAGACGACGCACUCUCAGGGUGGGGACGGCGCUUCCAGCGAAGCGGUGGUGUGCAGGUCUGCUAUGGAGACCACUAUGACUGUGGAUGAGAGCCGGGGACUGGGGCUUGGGGGAGGGAGGAGGACAGCCAGCGCCCCUCAGACAGCCCAGUGCCCAGGUCCCGCCAGCAGGGGCCUGAUGUUCACGUCCACAUGUGCUUAGGACACCUGCUCUCUGCCCUGUGUCCACAACCCCAAAUCGAGCCCUCCCUUUAGGCAGCGGGCAUGAGCGCCCAGCCCGCUGUGCCCAGCCUGGGCAUGCGGGUCUGAGACAGAGGCCAGAGCGCACACCCCGGCUCCUACCCCACUGGAGCAGGAACACGCUAGCAAGCAGAGAUAAAUUAUUCACAUUGCGGUAAACUUC